AUGUCAGAAUCAGAGUUGGAUCACUCAUCGGACCGUAAACCAGAAGGAUUCGAUCAGUUGGUGAAUGAUAUAAUACUUACACAUAAAGAACCAGGCAAUAAUUCGAUACAAGAAGUUGUAUUGCGAAGAUGUGUUAAGUAUUUAAAUGACAAUAAUUCGGGUCGCCAUUGGUUUUGCGAUCCUUACAUAUAUCCUGUAGCUGUCCAUACUAUGAUUCUAUUUUCUUUCCUGGAUAAUGAUGUCAUACAAUGGCUUAAGCCUAAAAUGGCUGAUAGCCUUGAUAAAUGUGAAAAAUGUAUAUGGUAUUUUAAUAGAGGGAAAUCAACUCUUCGUGACAAUUUUGCAACGAAUAGAAAUAUUCCUAUAAAACAAGUUAAUCAAUUUUUAAACAUAAUAUUGGAGUGGGAAAUAUCGAGACUUGUGGAGGUGAUGAUACCUUUCAAGACGGAAAUUGAACUUGGAAAUGAACCUCAAGUUACAUCCAAAAUAUCGAAUGCUAUCAUUGAAUGCUUGAUGGGUCCAAACAUUCUUAGGAACCACGAAGAUAUGAGAAACUGUUUCUACAAAAUCCUUAAAUACUUACGUGACACUAAUAACUUUCCAUCGCCUACUUAUUUAUUACCGGGUACAAUUUAUUUAAUGUUUGAAGGAAUAGAAGACUCGAAAAAAUGGGCAAUCGAAUGGACAGAUGCCCUAAUAGAACGAUCCACUGAAUAUUCUUCGGAUGAACUCGAUAAUAUAAUCGUUGAUGAAUUCAGUAUUCAUUUAUACCAGAUUCAGGAUGCUAAAUACUUCUCAGAUGACAUAUGCAUUCAGUUUUGGCAAAACUUUCUAAGGAUAUAUAGUCUCUUGAAAAAUGAUGCAUUUUUAAAUAAAUUGAACAAACCCAAUGAUAUUGAAGCCAUGAGCAAAUAUACUAACAUAAGACUAUAUUCAUUGACUAGGGUAUUUCUUAAUAAUAUAUUGUCCUUUUUAGAUAAGCCACUCCCAAUACUAUUGAAAGUUUUAGGUGAAUUUCUUUCUAAACUCAAAGCUGAAUUUUGGUCCAACUCAUCCCCUUAUUCCUUUGUCAAUAUCUUGGAUACAGUUUUGGGGAAUCCACAUUUUAGUUUUUACUUGUUUACGUUGAACAAAGAUAACCAAAAAUCUAUAUCCGAUGUUACCUUUCCCGAAGCAAUGGCAUGGAUGAGAAAUUUAUCAGGUUCUCUAACUGGCUCUCAAAAGCAAACUGCAUGUGUUAGACUGGGAAUUUUUUUGCUCACGUUGCUGCCUAAUAGUGUAAAGCCAUCUAUUGAUUUAGCAAGUGCCGAAAAAAGAGCGAUUGAUCUAUCUCAAACAGGUUAUUAUUUGUUAUCGCAAUGUUUCAUAUUAAAUGAUGAUGAAAUUAAGCUAGGUGACAAAGGUUUCUCAGUAGAAUUGCUUAAGAGAAGAGAUGCCAGGGCAGCAGUCGAGAACCAAGCCAAGGCUUUAGUCGACAUGGCAUUUGAAACAUCUGCCGAGAAAUCUACGUUGAAAGCUUCUGCAACUGAGUUGAUUCUCAAAGUCACUUCGUACGAUAUUUUGUCUUUGGCGCAGAAUUCGAACCUUCUUUUGGGUGACAAAAUUCCAACUUCAUUUGAUAUGUUUCCAAUCUUAUGGCAAUGUUUGUCUCAAAAGCAGAUUCAUACCAAUGUUGAUUUAGGUAUGGGUCUUUUUAAAUCUUUAAGGUUUAUUUGCAAUGUUAUUAAAAUUAAUUCGAAGAAAAAUGAAGAUCCCGCUAACAAAAGUUUUAAUGAAGCUCGUAAUCAGCAUAAUUCGAACGUGUCACUGAUAUUGGGAUACUGGGAGAUUAUACUUGGAAAGUUAGGUUUAGCAGAUCCAUCUACUUUGAAAGAAAUAUUUGGUAAAGAAGAAGCGAUUCUGAUUGGGUUUUGGUCUUCUCUUUUUUCGCCUUAUGUAAAUCAGGCUGCCCUUGAUGUUGUGUACCAAGUCUUUGAUGUUGGCGUAGGUGGACGUUUUGAGACAAUGCAAGCUUUGAUUGAUUCCCAUUUUGAUUAUACGUUGAUCGCCAUUAACGCAAAUAUAAAAAGCUUAACGAAGAUGGCGGCAUUUGAACCAUGUCCAAAAAUAAUCAGGAUUCUAAUGGAUGUCGUUAGGGCUCUUUCAAAUCCUUUGAAUGGUUACCUCAUUACAUCUUUUAAUGCUGAAAACAAUAAAUUAUACUUGGAAAAUCUAUGGAAUAUAUGUUGGCUGUUUCUAGUGAUGGUUUACCGUAAAACUUUAGUAUGGGCAUCUCAGUAUCAUUUAGAAGAAUUGGUUGAAUUCACAAGAGAUACGCUUGACUUGAGUGAUUUGUUAUUGGAUUCGUUCAGAAUUAUACAUUCCACAAUUCUGGAUGAAACUACUGAUAGAUCGCAUUCCUUAUUUAGGGCGUUUAUGAAUGCGUUCACUUAUGCUAUUGUCUGGUUAAGACUAGGGGAUACAUCCUUAUUAAACUCUUGCGUGAACUUGGUGUUUAAAGGGCUCGACUUAGCAAAGGAACUUCAAUAUUCUAUCGAUAAAGAAUUUAUUUCUACGUUUGCCAAAUAUGGAGCAAAGGCCAAAAAAUUUAACAAUAAGUUAACUGAUCAGCAACGUUUACAAAUAUUAUCGAAAGCAAGAGAAUUUGAUGACGACUUGGUUGAUUUUAUAGUAAAUGAAACCGAGCAACAAAAGAAUAAGUCUAGAAAUAUUCUGCAAGAGCCUCGUACUACUUCUGAAACAGAUUCCACUCCAGAGCCAGCUAGUUACAAAUACCAAACUCACAUUAAACAACCUAAGCAACAGACGUUAGGUAGAUUUGGUGUUAUGACAUCGGCACCCCCUGUUGCACCACCUCCUCCACAAAAGGGAUUCAAGUCUGUGGGUCUUGAAGCUAUUAGACAAGAAUUGAAAAGUUCAAGAUCUUCUCUUAACAAACCGUUAUCAUCAUUAGCGCCAACUUUAGGUGUUGCUCCAGCACCACCGAGACCUGCAGGGUUUAAUAACAAGAGAGCAACUCCUGUUGGUCGUUCGUUACAAUCAUUAAGAAGAAAAAGAGCUGAUUCGGAAUCAUCUGAAGAAGAAGCUGAUGAAGAUGUCGAUCUUUCUGAUUUAUUUGUUGAUAAGAAAAAAUCCAGACCGAAAGUUGUUGAAGUUGAUAUCAACGGGAAGCCUGUAACUAAAUCAAGUAGACUCAAAAAGGUAGAUCAAGCACGGAAAGAUGAAGAGAACAUGAGAAUGAGGUUAAACGUUAAUUUGAAACCACUUUACUCGACCAUUCUUAAGUGGAAUUAUAAUUCCACUAGUAAUUUUCCAACUACUGAACGUGAAAUUUAUAGGGAAACUAAGGAUGUGUAUACAGAUGCAAAAGACUAUACCAAGACAAUAGAACCGUUGUUAAUGCUUGAAUGUUGGCAAGGGAUUCAGUCAGCCAAGCAAACAGGUCAAGAAAGCCCAUUUGAACUUAUGAUUGGCAGUAGAACUAGCUGCGAUGGAUUUUUUGACGUUUAUGCAUCUGUGAAGAAGAGUGAACUUAACGAUAGGAAGAUAGGUGAUUCUGACUUAUUAGUAUUGGGAGAUUGUAGCGACCAACAAUUUUCUAAUUUGAAUAAAGUAGCGGCAUAUAUUAAAUCUCCUCAAACUACAACCUGCUUGGCUAAAGUGAGAGAAAUUAAGUCUGCAAAUGCAGACUUUUGCGAUAUAACUUUAAGGGUAUAUCCUCAAGGAUCUAUGAUGGGUAUUUUAACACCUAAGAAACUUAUGACGGCUAUGCGUGUUAUGCAAAUGGUUACGAUAGAAAGAGAAUAUUCUUCGUUGAAAGGGUUGCCAUAUUAUGACUUAUGUGAUUCAAUUCUCCUGUCAAGGCCUAACAAUCCAAUUGAUAUUAGUGAUUCUGAUGCAGAUCGAAUGCUAUCAUUGUAUGAUGUAAACAGAUCACAAGCCAAGGCUAUUAUGGGAUCCUAUAAUAGCGAUGGAUUUUCAUUAAUUCAAGGACCCCCAGGUACUGGUAAAACUAAAACUAUUCUUGGAAUUGUAGGGUAUUCUAUAUCGCAUCAACAGAAAGAAGGUACUAUUAUAAUUCCCAAAGGAAUAGCUGAUAAUAACCCUCUUGCAGGUAGUAAAGGUGAAUCAAAUGGGCCUAAGAUUUUAAUUUGUGCUCCAAGUAAUGCAGCCGUAGACGAAUUAGUGUUGCGUUUGCGUAAAGGUGUUAAAACUUCUAAGGGAGAAUCAAUAAUACCUCGUGUUGUAAGAUUAGGUCGUAGUGAUGCUAUAAAUGCAGCGGUAAAGGAUUUGACCUUGGAGGAAUUAGUCGAUAAGCAAUUACAAGUUCAAUCUGUCAAUACGACUAGUGAUCCGAAAAUUAGAAUGGAACACACUAAGUGCAUAGCCGAACGAGACAGGUUGAGAGAGGAACUAAGGAAGCCUAACUUGAACGAGGAAGAAAUAAAGGUAUUAGAAAUCCAAUUACGAGAUACUAAUAAAUCGAGAAAUGAAUUGGCGAAGAAGUUAGAUGAACAAAGAGAACGUAUUUCGAUUGCAUAUCGUACCAAAGAAAUUGAAAGACGUCAAUUACAAGCAAAGAUUUUAAACAGCUCACAAAUUAUUUGUUCUACAUUAUCAGGUUCUGCUCAUGAUUUCUUAGCGAAUAUGUCGAUGAAAUUUGAUCAAGUAAUAAUCGAUGAAGCGUGUCAGAGUGUGGAAUUAUCUGCAAUUAUUCCAUUAAGAUAUGGUUGUAAGAAAUGUAUUAUGGUCGGGGAUCCUAAUCAAUUGCCCCCUACAGUUUUGUCGCAGGCUGCUGCUUCUUUUAAUUAUGAGCAGAGUUUGUUUGUUAGAAUGCAAAAAAUGUAUCCUGAAUCGGUUUAUCUUUUGGACGUUCAAUAUCGUAUGCAUCCUGCAAUUUCAAAGUUCCCUAGCUCUGAAUUUUAUUUUUCACGUUUACACGAUGGAGAAGGAAUGGCUGCCAAAAACUCCAGACCGUGGCACAAAGAUUAUCCUCUUUCGCCAUAUAUGUUUUUUGAUAUAGUUGGUAAACAUCAACAGAAUGAACUAUCUCGUUCUUUGUUCAAUUAUGCAGAAGCCCAAGUUGCGCUAGAGUUGGUUGAUAAAUUAAUCCAAAUUUUACCUCAGACUGAAUUCAGUGGUCGAAUAGGUAUUAUCUCCCCAUAUAAGGAACAAAUUAGAACACUCAAAGAUGUAUUCAAAAGAAAAUAUGGUCAUUCCAUACUAUCAGAAAUUGAUUUCAACACUGUGGAUGGAUUCCAAGGUCAAGAAAAAGAGAUUAUAAUCAUGUCUUGUGUUCGUGCAAGCGAGUCAGGUAAUGUUGGUUUCUUGAGUGAUGUUCGCCGUAUGAAUGUUGCUUUGACUCGUGCUCGUACGUCUCUAUGGAUCCUUGGUAAUAAAAAGUCUUUACUGAGAAAUACUGUUUGGAAACGUCUAUUGGAUGAUGCCGCUGAACGAAAUGCGGUUAGUGAAGCUCAUCCUGGAUUUUUGAAGAAAAUAUUUAAGCUUCCCCCUCAAGCAACACCAGAUACUAAAAAGAUAGAAAAUAAGAGAGAGCCUGAAAACGAUGAGGGGCAUACAUUUAAGCGCUCCAAAACUCAACUAUCUGAAGCUAGAGUUUCUAAGACUUCGGAAGACAGCAAUCACAAUGAUUAUUCAAAAGAGAAUUCAUUUCAAGGUUUUAGAGAUCAACCGCCGAAUGGCUCUACUGAGAGACAUAAUACUACCCAAUACAACGAGACUAAGAUUUACGAUAAAGAUAGAAAAGGUGUCUCAAAGCACAAUGGAUCGUCAAAUUACUCUAAGCAACAUAUCCCAUCGUCUUCGGGCACCAUCCCAAGACCAAACUUUACUAAGAAGACGUCUAGUAUAUUUAUUAACAAAAAGAGACCAAGCUCCCAUCGUUAA